AUGGCUUACAAGAUAUUUGAGUUGGAGAAUGUUAUUAAGUUAGAUCAGUGUAGAUUGAUAAAAUAUGAUGAACACUCAGAUUCGUUAGAGAAAUCCUACGAAGGUGAAGAGAUGACUGAUAUGUCUACGUUAUUAGGGGGCGUGAAAUCGAGUUAUACUUUUGAUUUAUUACUCGAGACUAGAACUGCUGAUCAAACUUUUACUGAAUACAAAUCUGGAGGUGUAACAGUUAAGGUGUUUGUUGUGGAUAUUGAAAGAGAAAUCAUCCACCCUCCUGUAAAUAUCCGUGCCUACCAUGUCCAAACUGUUAAAGAGUUCAAAAAUCUUGUAUCCCAGAAAUUGAAUUUACCUGCUGAAAAUAUGAGGGUUGUAUUCGAAAGAUUUCAUAAUGAUCUUCGUCUUUUAACCGUGCCAAAUAAAACACUGAAAGCAGAGGGAUUUUUUAAAAGCAAUAAGGUGUAUAUAGAGUGUAGUCAAAAGAAAGAAGAAAACAUGGAGAGUUUUCCACGAAGUAAAUUUUAUCAACUUCUAGAUCGUCAUCAAAAUACUAUUCGUGUUUAUGUUAAUUUACCAACAAAAGCUGUCGAGACACUUCGGAAUUCAGUCCGCUGGAAUCGGACGGUCGCAGCACUAGUCCCUAACCUCAGUGAUAAAUGUGAUGAUAUAGACAAUUGUGAUAUGAAUAAACUGGACAGUGGUGAACAUUGUGUAAAUAGUGACAAUGAAGAGAUAAAUCAACCGCUAACCCAAGACGGACUACAAAACAGUAUUCAAUUCAAUUUCAAAGUGUGGUUGCCACAUUUAGCGACACCUGGUUUAAACGACAGUACUGCUAGUGGUAGCGGUAGUAAUUCUGUAGUUAGUGAUACAACUAUAUCAAAUAGGAAAGAUGAAGAAGAAAAUUGGGAUUUAGAUACAAUACCAACAUCAUCUACGUCUACGCAGUCAGAAACCAGUUUUCAAGAUGAACCUGUAGAAGAUGUUAGGUUUUAUUUCUAUGUUGACGUUGAUGAAAAUCAAACUCCAGAUUCGAGAAGUCUGACAGUGUAUGUAGAUAAAAGAAUCAGUUUAGGUGCAUUCAAGAAAGAAUUGGAGAUGUACGUCGGAACCAAUUCUGAAAAUUUCAAAGUAUACAGAGUGUAUUCUAAUAACCAAGAAUUUGAAAGUAUUAGACUCUCAGAUACAUUAACAUUUCUAGAGGAUGGAAGAUUGAAUAUUAAGUUAGGUAGAGCGUUACAAGCCGGUGAACAUAGAGUGAAAGUUUAUCAACUACUAGUCAAUCAACCUGAGCCGUGUAAAUAUCUAGUAGAGACUAUAUUUGCUAAAGGAAUGUCAGUAGUAGAAUCUAAGAAAUUAACUUUACCAGAAAUUAAAGAACAAGUUUCAUUGGAUAUACCUCUUAGUAGGUGUCGGUUCCGAAAGAAAACAUGGAAGAAUCCUGGUGUGGUCUAUUUAGAUUCUCAGAUAUAUGAUGAUGAUAUAGCUAUAUUUCCUAAUUGGGAAGUUUUCUUAGAGGUCUUAGAUGGCCCUGAAACCAAGACAGUGGCAACUCAACUAGCUGUGUAUGUAAGAAGAUGGAGAUCUUCAACUUAUACAUUUGAACCUUUUCAAGAAGUCGUUUUACGUCAGGAAACUCUUGAAGAACUCAAAACAAAGAUCUCAGAAAUAAGUUCAAUACCUGUUGAUAAUAUAGAUUAUGGAAAGGGAAAAGGGACAUUUCCUUGUGAAUUAUCAGUAUUAGAAGUGGAUACAGAAGUUGAUUGGAACCCACCCUGUGUUAAAUUAAGUCAGCUCUAUAUCUGUGAUGAUGGACAUGUGAUAUAUUACAAAGAUAGAACUGAGCAACCUGGUGAACUGACAGAAGAACAGAAAAAAGAGAUGCAACAGAAAGAGAAUAUAAGGAUCGCUAAAUACAGCCCGAAAAUGUUGACCUAUUCACCAAGAAAAGAGAAAGCUUUGAAGAUUUAUACAGAUGAUAGUCCACCAUCUUCUAGUAAACUUUCUCUCGAUAUUGAUUAA